UUGCUUGCCUCUCAUGGAGGCUAAGGCUUCCUUGCUUGUGGCUCCCAAACCUUCCAUGGCAACGAUCGUCUCUGCAAGUGCAAGGGGUCCCGCCAGGAGGUGCCUCGCCGUCGCUGCCGCCGCCACCGGCGGCCACAGCAAGAGAUGUUGGUUCAAUUCCAGGAACCCGGCACCCGCUCAUCGGAAGCUGUAAUGAUGCGAGCACGCGGCGGCCUGUUGGCCGCCAUCGCCGCAGCGAGCAGCACACCAGUGCUCCCGUGCCAUGCUUGGGUGCUGGGCGACCUGGACCCGGCGACGGCGAAGACGGUGGCGGGCGUGGCGGGGCCGGCGCUGUCGGCGUUGGGCUUCCUCUUCAUCCUGCGGAUCGUCAUGUCCUGGUACCCGAGGCUCCCCGUCACGGAGUUCCCCUACGUGCUGGCGUACGCGCCCACGGAGCCCUUCCUCGCCGUCACCCGAAAGCUCAUCCCGCCGCUCGGCGGCGUCGACGUCACACCCGUCGUCUGGUUCGGCCUCGUCAGCUUCCUCAACGAGAUCCUCGUCGGGCCGCAGGGCCUGCUCGUCCUGCUCUCGCAGCAGCAGCAGCAGCAGCUUUGAUUCCAGGCUCUGCAUCUGUAGUGCCCGCCGCAUUUUUUUUUUUUUUUGUAUCCAAAUAACCAACAAAAGUUGCAGCUGCAGAUCAGUCUAUUACGAAAAAAGAAGAAGAUGAUUUUUCUAUCAA